CGGCCAGACGCAAGUCUCUCGCUGCUCUUGCAUCCGCGGAUCUGGACCACAGCGACAAGCGCCAUCCGCCUUCCGACCGCUGCAUCUGAUCGCAGCUCUCGCCCCACACCGUCGCCCCCGCUCCCAACACCAAGCACAUCGCCAUGAUCAGGGCGGCAUCACAGGCAUUUGCCAGAGCCGCAUCGGCAGCCCCGCGGCUCCAGCUCCAGCUCCAGCUCGUCUCGGGCUUCCACUCCUCGAGCCGAUCAUCGUUCAAGCAUGUGCUCAACAAGCUCGAUAUACUCCCACCCGGCGCCCACGUCUCGUCAUCGACAUUCCUCGCCAUCGACCCUCAGUUUGCCCAAGCCACAUUCUUUGCCCAGCAUCGUCCGCUGCCAUUGACGACAAGCCCGGAAAGCUUCAAUCCGGAGGAUCCCAUGGACUUUGAGCAGGCCCAGGCACAGACACAGACGCAAACGCACGCGCAAACACACGAAUCGAUCGUAUCGGAGGUGUCUGCGAGCUUUGCCGAUGUCCCCGAGGCACUCAAUCACGAUACUCUGCAGAAUACCCUGCCGGAUCUCUUUCUCAACUCGCCUGCGGCACACAACCAGGACGCCAUCCUGUCAUCGUUCUUCAACGGCGAGGGCAUCCAGCCCACACAGGACGUCGUUGUCGUUCCCGAAUUGAUCGACCCGAAUCCAGAGCAAUCGCUCAUGCAGAUGCAGCGUGAGUUUUUCCAGAACGAAGUGCAGGCGAUGAACAUCAUGAAGAUCCGCAAGAAGAAGAUGAACAAGCACAAGUGGAAGAAGCAUCGCCGCGAGGUGCGGCACAACACUCGCUACAACAAGGAGAAGCUCAGAAAGAUUGGAGAGAACCGAGAGAAAAAGGAGCCCAGCUCGUCUUAAAGGCGAAAGGCGACAGACAAGCCCCCCCCCAGAAGCCUAGGUUGAUUGCCGCACAGCCCUUCCAAGAAAGAUAUGGACUCGUCAGCUCCGGACUCGCCGUUAUGUUCAUGCAAAGGCUCGCAUCAACGGCACUGAACUGAACCAUCGUUGCCGGUGUUAUCGCCAGUCGUGAUAGCAGGCUCGUUUCGAGCGGCAGACCUUUACAGUCAAUCUAAUAAAGGACAGGACACCUUGGUUUUUGGUCGUUGACCGAA